AUGAAAAACGCAUACGUAACAAUAGUCAUUGUGAGUUUGCUCACUUUUGCAAGUUCAAGUAAAAGCUAUAAAUUAUUUAGAGCUAACACUUCAAUAAGCAGUUAGUUUGAAUAUGCAAAAUUUGAGAUGCCAAGACCUAGAUGACAUAAAUAUAAUGAUCUCUGACACAAUUUAGUGGAAAGAAGCUAUUGAGUUAAAUAAUUAAUUGGGAGAUGAUUUAAAUGGAUUGUUGGAAGUAGAGAAAAUUGUUAAAAAUACAAAACAAUAGCUAUUGCAUUAAUAAUCAUUAAUGGAAAUUGAGAUGCCUGCUAAACAAGAAUUUUAAGCUAAAUUUGAGAUAGAUCUAGCAAAAAUUAUGAAGUUAAUGUAAUAAAUGAAUGUAAAGCAAUCUAAAAAAGAGAAAUUAGAUCUAUUAACUGAAAUUGAUGUUUGUAUUUAAGCAACAAAAUAAAAAAUGCAAUAAAUAUUAUCACAAUCAUCAAAAGCUACUGUUUAUGAUAAAGAGUAACUAACUUCUAAUCUAAAAUAAUUAUUGUAAAUAAAGCAAUAAUGUUAAAAUUAAUAAUAAGAAAGUAAAUAAAAAAUUAGUAGAACAAAUAAUCACUCUUAAGCAAAUAAUUAUGAUGAAUAUGAUUAUGAUGAUGCUAUUUAAUAAGUUUUAUAUGAUAGUGAUUCUGAUUAUGAUUAUGAUUACAGUAAUUAUUAUGAUUAUGAUGAUUAUGAUUAUAAUUAAGGAAGACAAUAUUAAAGUAAGUCAAAAAAACAAUCAAAUUAAAGAACAAGAAUAAAUUAAAAAUAAUUAAAAUAACCAAAAUAACUUAGAAUAAAAAAGUAAAUUAAAAAGAAGAGAGAUUAAGAAAUUCAUUAACCUAAUAUUUAAAAAUAGAAUUAUAAUGAAGAAUAAUUUUAGGAUUAAGACUUUUCAGAUACAGAUUCUGAUUAACAAUAUUAAAAUCCAACAUUUCUAAAUAAUGAAGAAGAUGAUAAUAAUUACUUUCCUGUAUAGGAAUAAGAAGAAUAAUAGGAUUAAGACUUUACAGAUUACUAUGUUGAAUAGGAUUCAAAACCAUAUGAUGCACUUGAUCCAUAGAAUUAAUAUAAUAUUAUUUAAGAUUCACAUAUUUUGGAGGAUUAAGAUGUUUAAAAUUAAGAAAAAAAUAAUGAUGAUUUAAAAGAAAUAAAUUCUUUUGAUGAUAUUUUAGAUCAUUUGAAAAAAUAAACAGAUAAUAAUUAUUAAUAAUCAGAUGUUCAAGAUGAUUAAGAAUUUUAAGAUAAUAAUGAUAAUUAAAUUGAUAUAUAAGAAGAAUAAGAAUAUGUUUAAUAAACUGAUUAAGAUGUAGAAACUAUUCAACCAAUUUAGAAUUAAAAAUAAUAAAGAUUUAUUAAAUUAAAUAAUGAUGAUUAUGAACAACAACAAGAUUUUGAUUAUUAAAUUGAGUAAGAAAAUGUUUCAUAAAAUAUAUCUCCAAGUUAAGAAUUAUCAACACUUGAUGAAUAUGAUAAUAACUAUUCUUAAAAUCAAGACAAUGAACAAAAUAAUAAAGUGAUAACUGAUAAAGUCAAUCUUGAUGAUGUUGAAUAAGAGGAUAACUCAGAAAUUGAAUAUAUAGAAGAUUUUAAUAAUUCUGAAAUAUAGUAUGAAUAUGUUAUCUAAGAUUAGUAAAAUAAUGAAUCAUCAGAUAGUUAUAAUGAUAAUGAUGAAUAAAAUUAAACUCAGUUAUAAUUAAAUCAUAUAUAAGAUGAAUAGACAGAAACCAUUUAAGAUAUUUCAGAUAUACCAGACUCAUUGAAACAAACUACUUAAAUCAAAGUUUAAGCAGAAGAAUUUAAAUUAUCAGAUUAAUAAUAAUAACCAUAAUAGUAGGAUUAAUAAUAAUAAUCAUAAUAGAAAGAUUAAUAAUAAUAACCAUAAUAGUAGGAUUUAUAACAAUAAUAAUAAUAAUAGAAAGAUUUAUAACAAUAGCCAUAAUAGUAGGAUUAAUAAUAGCAAUAAUAGUAGGAUUAAUAAUAACAAUAAUAGAAAGAUUAAUAAUAAUAGCCAUAAUAGUAGGAUUAAUAAUAAUAAUAAUAAGCAACAAAUUCAUAAUAAUAAUAAUAAUAAUAAUAAUAAUAAUAAUAAUAAUAAUAAUAAUAAUAAUAAUAAAAUACUUUGUAAACUUAAGAUUAAAAUAUUUAAACAAAAGAUUUACCACUUACAUAAUAGCAAUCAUCACAAUAAUCUUAAUAAAAUUAAACAACAAAUAAUAAUUAAUAAGACUAGGAAGUUAUAAAUUAAUAAGCUAAAUAAUAAGAAACUUAAUAAGUUAAUAAUUAAUAAUAACCAUAAGCUUAACAAGUUAAUCCUUUAUAGAGUGAGUAACCAUCUGCUUAAUAAGGAGCAGUUCAAUAAGUAUAAUAAUAAGGAAAUUAAUAGCCUUCUGAUACAUAAUAAUAAAAUUCAUAACCUAAUCCAUUAUAGACUUCAGAAUAGUAAGAUAAUAGUUAAUAAAUAAAAAUACCUGAUUAAUUAACCGAACCUCAAACUUAAUAAAAGGACCCAUCUUAAUAACCUUCCAUAGAAAUUGACUAAAGUCAAUUAUAACCUCAAAAGGUUAGCGAAUAAAAACCAUCCUUACCUACAGAAUUGAUUCCAGAUACAUAAUCCUAAAUCCCUACUAAAGGGCUUGAUGAGAAUCCUGAUUAAAUUAUUGACCCAGUUAAAUUUGUUCCAUUCAAACAUAAACCCUUAUAGAGCACAGCAAAUAUUUUGAUUAGAUAAUCGAAAUUUUAUGAUUCAACAAUAGAAGGAAAAGCAUCUUAUGAAAUUCAAUUUUCAAAUAAAGAAUUAUAAGAUUCUGAAGAGUAUGGAUAUGGAUUUUGGAUGAGGUAUUAGAGUACAUUAGAACACAAGAUGCAAUAAAAUUAAUAUCAUUUUUUAUCUAGAUUGACUUCUAUAAAGGAUUAUUUGGAUUUUUAAAAUUAUGGUGAUAGGACUUUGGCAAACUUUUUGGUGGAUAACUCAUUUGUAUUUGCUACUUAUGAUUAUGUUGGAAGAGAGAAGAAUAAGGUGGCUUAAAUAAGUUUAAAUCAAAAUAUAGAUGGUAGAUGGUAUUUUGUGUCAUUCUCGUAUAGUAGUCGUAAAUAGAAAUCAGUAGGAUUUAUUUUAACAUAUGGUAAGGGUAGGGAAUUUUAGAGAAUUGAGAUACCAUGUACUCAUGCUCCACCAUUUUAUAUGUCAAUGACAGUAGGAGGGAAGCAUUUACAUUAUCCAGGAUUGUAAGGUUAAUUUGCAAAUAUCUUUUACGAUAUAGAAGCUCCUGCAUUGAUUGAUAAUGAAUAGGAAUUAUUUAAUUUGGUUGAAACAAUGUCUUUUAUGCCAUAAGGAUUGAAGACUUAUCAUGAGGAAGUGAUAGUAGGGCCACCAGUUGAUAUGGAUGGAAAUACAAAUUGUAGUUUUGAGAAAGGAUUUAAGGAUUCUUUUAUUUAUGAACAUUAUGCAAUAGCAGGUUGGUUUAGAUGGGUUGAUAAUUUGGAUGUGAAAGAAUUGAAUUCAUUUUAGAUAAUGAAUUUGAGAUCAAAUAAAUAGAGAUUGAAAGAUAAAAGAGAAUUAGGUGAUAGAGCUCUAGAAAUUCAUUUUAUAAGAGGAUUGUAGAAUAUAGGAUUGAAUUUUCAUACUUAUUCAGUGACUGGUAAUGAGGGUAAAGGAAGUGAGAUGAUAGUGAAAUCAGUACCAUAUACAACAAAUGUAUGGACUUAUGUUUAUUUUGGAUUUAAUUAAGAGGAGAAGAAAGCUUAAGGUAUAAUGAUAAAAGUAGGAGUGAAUGAGGAAGUAUUAUUUGAAGGACUAGAACAUAAGAAUACUAAUUCAUUAUAUUUUACAUUGGGUGGAGAUCAGACAGUUGCCUCUUUUAAUGGUAGAGUGUCUCAGGUAGGUGUAUAUUUGGGACCUGAAAGUUAUGCAAAAUCUAAGAAAUUAGAUUAUAAUUUUGGAUAUGGUGAUGGAGCUGUAAGAUUAUUUUAGUUGGUGAAACCAUUAGUAAUGAGAGGAUAAUAGGAUCAAUAUGAAAUAUCAUUUGAUUAAUAAGAUUCAAUUAUAAAUCAAAUUCUAAUUUAAGAUGAUAAUAAUAUAAGAAUAAAUGGAUUAAGUGAAUAUUCAAUAGGUUUAUGGACAUGUUGGUUAAGUAGUUUUCCAAAGUUUUUAGGAAGUAGAAGUGAUUUUCAUUAGAUUGCUAGAAUGGGAACAUAGAGUAAAUUGUUAGAGUUGAAGAAUAAUAAGUUAAUAUAGAGUGUUAAUGGAUAAGUAAAUAAUGAUAUUAAAGAUACUACAUUAUAAAUGAGAUUGGGCAAGAAAGAAUAUGAAUUUUCAACUUAUAAUUUAAUAAGUAAUGACAUUAAAAAAGGUGUAAUUGCUUUAGAUUCUUAAUUAGAAGGAUCCUGGAAUUAUUUAUCAUUUUCUUAUAAGAGAAUGAACAAUAAUAUGGGUUUAGCUAAGGGUUAUGUUUAAUUUGGUAUUGGAGGAUAAGUAAAGGAAUGUACAAUUGAAGUGUUACAUGAUUUUAUUUUAGAAUAUGUUGAAUUGAAUGUAGGAAAAUCAAAUAUUCCACAAUUUAAUGGUAAAUUAGCAAAUAUACAGAUGAGAUUAGGAAAUGGAGCAUUUUUUGUUGAUAUUGCAUAAUAUGAAUAAUUUUAAAAAUUAGAAAAACCAAUUUUAGGUUUAAGUUAAGCAGUUCGUAAGAGUAUUUAAUUGUUGGGUUAAGAGACAGAGAUGAUAAAAGUGAAGGAAACUGAAAAUUUAUUUGAGUAUUCUUAAUAUUCAGGUGUUAAUGAAUAUGCAUUAUCAGGUUGGAUUAAAUGGGGAGGUGAUUAAAAACAAGGAGGAUUAUAUAGUAUAUUGAUGAUGGUUUAGAAGAAGUAAUAAGAUAUUAAACCAGGAUAGAGUGAUAGUUAAUUAUAUGUAUAAAGAACAGAUAAGGAUUAUAUAUUUGGAACUUAUAAUUGUAAUGGAGAAGAUUGUUCAUAAUCAUAGGAGAAGAAUAUUGAAUUUAAUGAAUAUUAUAAUUAAUGGACAUUUAUUUAUAUUGGGUAUACAUAAAAAUAGAAGAAAUUAUUUGGAUUAUGUAAAUUCACAUUUAAUUAAUAAUAAUAAACAUUUUAAGAAAUUAAUAGAAUAUUAUUGUCAACAUUUACUAUAUUUUUGGGAAAGAAAUAUCAAUUAGCAAAUUAAUGGUUAGGUUCAAUGAAAUAAUGGGUAUUGAAUGUUGGAGAUGGUUCUUAUUUAGAAAAUGGAUAUGAAUAAAGUGAAACUGUAGAAUUAAAUUUUGGAUUUAAUAGUGGAACUGAUCAUUUGAAAUUGUAAACAGCAAAUCAAGAAAUAGAUCAUAGUAAUAAAGUUAUAGAUUCAUAAGCAGAUAAAUAAAAUAUUCCAUGGAUGAUUGAAUUAAAUGAGUAAUCAGAUGUUAAAAUAGAAGGAGUAAGUUCAUAUGGUUAUGGAAUGUGGAUAAGAUUCAGAUAUUAUGGAGCUAGUAUUCUCUAUAGUCAACCUAAAUGGAUGGGAUUGAGUAGAUUGACAACCAAUAAAGAUUAUAGAGAUGCUGAUAAUGUUGGUGAUAGAGUAUUAAUGAUACUAUUUGGAAAAGGAGAAGAUGAAAAAUCAUAAGGAAUAUUCUAAUUUUCAACUUAUACAAUAGGUUAACCUAAUAUCUUCAGUAAUUUAUAAUAUUAAAUGGAAUAUGAAUCUGAAUGGGUUUAUAUUUAUUAUAGUUAUAAACGAAUAUCUUAAACUUAAGGUGUUGCUAUGGGAUAUGUAGGAAGAAUGGAUAUUGUAGAUGAACUUAAAAUAGAUGCAUUACAUAAUCCAAUUAGUAACUAUGCUCAACUUACAAUUGGUCAUAGUGGAAAAUAUUAUCCAAACUUUAAUGGAUAGUUGACAGGUAUCAAAUUUAGAUUAGGAAAUGGUGCCUUUGUUGAAUCUAAAAAUGAUAUAUUAUAAAGAAUUAAGAACACAGACAUAAUGCCUAAUGUUCCUUAUGAUGUUUCUCAUAAAUAUACCAUUAUUGAUGGAAAAAUUGACAAUUAUAAGGUUAUACCAAAUAAUCCCUAAAUGAUUGAUUUUCCAACUAAUGAAUAUUCUUUAGCUUUAUGGUAUAAAUAAUUCCAAAAAAUUAAUGACAACAAAGAAACCGUUGUUCGAGUUACUCAGAAUCCUGUAGGUAAAGUAUCUGAUUCAUCAUGGGUUGGUGAUAGAACUCUUGCCUUUUUUAAAAAUAAUAAAGAUAAUAUGGAAUUCUCCACUUAUACUUUAUUGAAAGGUAUGAGUUUUGGUAUUCCUUAUAAUUGUUAAAUUCCAGAACUUAGUCAACACAAUUGGUCAUUUAUUUAUAUGGGAUAUAGUAAGAGUAAAUAAAAGUUCUAUUACUAUCUUUCAGUAGAUGAGUAUAUAUGUAAAAGUGAAGAAAUUAUCCUACAUGCUAUAAGUGAUAGACUCUGGAUUUAUGUAGGUAGUGAUAAUAUCCAAUAAAGAUUUGAAGGCAAUUUAGCUUAAAUUGCACUUACAAUAGGUCCAGGUUCAUAUACUAAUAGUAAGAUACCAUUUUUAGCAGAAUAUCUUGUUGCUGAUAAACUAUUCCCUAAAUAAAAAAAAGUUACAUGGGAGAAGAAUGAAUAAAUAAUGUUAGUUUCAGAUGGUGAUGAAACUAUAAGUUCUCUGAAAGUUGAGUUAUUUAAUGGGUUUCAAUAUCCAUUUGAUUAAAUGCAAGAAUAUGCUUUUGGUAUGUGGACACGUUAUCUCACAACUAUUCCUUAAAGAUAAUUAACAAAACCUGCUCUAAUGUAAUUAGCACGAUUAUCAAUCAAUAAAUAAACUACAGAUGGUGUUAUUAAACCAGGAGACAGAGUUCUAGCUACUCAUAUUGUAUUUAAUUAUUAUUAAAUAUCAACUUAUGAUCUCAAUACUGAUGCUGGAAUAUAAUAAAAAUUUGUGAAAUAUAAUUAAUUAGAAGGUAUCUGGAGAUAUAUUUAUAUGGGUUACAGCAAAGAUAUUGAGACUAUCUCAUGUUAUACUUAUGAUACAACAAUAACUGAAAUGAAAAUAGACAAGAUUUUACAUAAACCAUUAACUGAUUACUUAUUAUUUAGAAUAGGAAAAGAAGAUACAAUUACAGGUUUUUAAGGAAGUAUUACCAAAAUUAUGUUAUCGAUUGGUCCUGGCUCUUACAUUAAAUAAUAAGAUUAAUUCAAGGCUUAAAUAGAUACUACUUUUUCUUUGCCAUUUUAAUUGACAUAAGAAUAUAUUGAUAAAGAAAAGCAUGGGAAGUUUGAAAUUAUUGAAGAUGUCAAUUAAAUUGAUAUUACUAAUGGAAUACAAUUUGAAGGUAAUAGAUGGAGUGGAAUUAGUGAAUAUGCUUUUAGUGGAUGGAUUAAACCAACAGGUACAGGAAAUACAGAUUGUUAAUUAAUUUUAAGAUUAACUAAUAAUAAUGUUGAAAUCUUAAAUGAUAGAAAAUCUUAAGGAGAUAGAACCUUACACAUUACUAUUUGUAAUACAUAAUUGAUUAAGUAUUCAACUUACACAUUAGUAGAUUUAAAAGAUGCAAAUGAACCUAAAUUUAUGGAUGGUUAAUUAGAAUUGAAUGAUUAUAAUUAUGCUUGGAAUUAUAUCUAUAUGGGUUACAAUUAAAGAACAAGUGAGGUUCAUUGUCUAUUGCAUACAUUAAUUGAAGAUAAACCAAUAACUUGGGAAUAAGUAUAACAUUAUGUACCUAAUUAUUUGGGAUUGUACAUUGGAUAAGAUAAAUUUACUAAUAAAUUUAUUGGAUAAAUGAAUAAAUGGACAGCAGCAUAUGGAUAAGGUGGUUAUGUAAGUUUAAAGAAGAAUGGUUAUUAAUAAUAAUUACCAUAUUAUGGUUUGGUUUAACCAAAUAAAUAAUUCUAAUGGAAUUCAAAUAAAGAUACUGUAAUAUAGACACCUGAAUUUAUUGUUUAAGAAUUUACUAAUGAAAUUGAUUCUGUAACUGAAUAUGCUGUUGGUAUUUGGACAAGAUGGUUAACAGAUUUCCCUGAUCAUUUAGUAGAGAGAAAGGAAUCACAUUCUAUUUUUAGAUUAACAGCUAAAAAAGAACAUUAAGAUAAAUCAUAAAUAUAAGAUAGAGUAUUGAGUGCAUUUUUAAAUAAGGGAUCUUAUGAUUUCAGCAGUUAUGAUAUAGCAACAAAUAACUUUGCAGUAAAUAGUUUAGUUGCAUAUGAUUAAAUUGAAGGAUCAUGGAAUUUUAUAUAUAUGGGAUAUAAAGAUGGAUAAACAGUAGGUAUAAUAAUUGUAAGAGAUACAGCUAAAGCUUUGAAAGUAGAAUUAACAACAAAACAUAUACCUUUAGUGGGAUAUGCUAAAUUUUUAAUUGGUGUUUCUGAAUUUGGACAUGGUCAAUUUCAUGGUUGGCUUUUUGAUCCACGUUUAUAUUUAGGAUAAGGUAGUUUUAUUAAUGAAAGUCAAAAAGUUGUAGAUUUACUUCAAAAAAUUCAUCGUAAAUUACCAUUACCAGCAGUUGAUUUGGCUGAUUUUAAAUGGACUAUUCCUUAAAUGGAUACAACUGAAAAUAUUAAUGCUGAUGUUAUUAAUUAUAAAUUUUUGGAUAAAUAAGAAUCUCUUGAAUAUUCAUAUGGAAUGUGGAUACAAUAAUCUCCUUUAUUACCUGGAAUGCCAAUAGUUCCAAGAAUUAUUUCCAGGUUAUCAACUAAUCAUCCCUAAUUUAUGAAAGAUUAACAAUUAGGAGAUAGAACUCUACUUGUUAGUAUAUUGAAUGAUAAAUUGAGUUAUAAUACAUAUAAAUUACUUGAUACACCAGAAUUUGAAUAGAAAGUAGAAGAGAUUUAAGUUGAAUAAUUAUAAUGGACUUAUGUAUUUUUCUAAUACAAAAAAGGAAAUGCAUUAGCUUAUGCUUUAUAAGUUAAAUAAGCAUAUUAAAAAAAAAUUGAAGCCUUACAUGUUAUACCAAAUGUGUUUUAUUUUUAUAUUGUAAAAGACUAAAAUUUCGCAGAAUUCUAUGUAUUAUGUUGUUUGAUUUAUUUUAGGGAAAAGUUAGUGAUGUGAAAGUGUACUUUGGCUCAAGCAGUUACUUCGAAGAUCCAUAAGUUACAAUAGAGAAAUGGCCAUUUGAUAAGAAAUACUUACAACCUGUUUCUGAAUCACCUAUUAAUAAUCAACAAAUCACCUCUGCUAAAAUAUCUAGAAACAUGGAUAUCAAAAAUGAAAAAUACAUUGGGGAUUAUUGAUUAAAUAUGAUAUAUAAUUAAAAUUAACCUAGUUUCACC